CAAAGCCGUGUCAGGGGCUGAGACCCCCCAAAGUCGUGUCAUGGAUGCUGAGACCUCCCCAGAGUCGUGUCAGGCCGCCGGGCGCCAUGACCGGGUGCCCCCACUGACGCCACCCCACAACCGCGCACCGCCUCGGGCUGCUCGCACCCCACCGCCGCUAUGGGUGACUCCUACACCGCCGCCUUCCCCAGCGCGCCUGGGCUGCUCUCGCCCUCCGCCAGCCCCCAGGCAUCGCCCGGGCCCUACGGCCCCGACUACGGCCCCUUCGGCCACCCCUUCCCGGCGCCCACGGGCGCGCAGGAGGUGCUGGGCGCCCCCGUGGUGGUGGCGGCCAAGGGGCACCCAUCGGGCGACUGCCUGCCGGGGGUGUACCCCUCGCUGGAGAUGCCGCAUCCCUACGGCUCCUGGUACAAGGGCGGCAUCGGCGGGGGGCUGCCGGGGGGCUCGGGGCCCGCAGCACCCUCCUGGUGGGACGUGCACCCUAACGGGGGCUGGCUGGGGGGGCCGGCGGGUGCCGAGGGGCUGCAGGGCUCGCUGCAGGCGCAGCCCACCCUCAGCCCCCCGCUUCCCGCUUACGGCUCCGAUUUCGGGGCUCUGAACCCCCCUCCUUACAGCGGUACCCCCGCGGCACCCCCCACCCCGAAACCCAACCCGGGGGACACCCCAAAGGGCCCCCGCGGCGGGUCCUUGACGGGGCGCCCGGCUUGUGAUUGCCCCAAUUGCCAAGAGCUGGAGCGCUUGGGGGGGCCGGGGGGGUCCCGUCGGAAGCCGGUUCACAGCUGCCACAUCCCGGGCUGCGGGAAGGUCUAUGGCAAAGCCUCGCACCUCAAAGCGCACCUCCGGUGGCACACGGGGGAGCGACCCUUCGUCUGCAACUGGCUCUUCUGCGGGAAGCGCUUCACCCGCUCGGACGAGCUGGAGCGACACGUCCGGACCCACACGAGGGAGAAGAAGUUCACGUGUCUCCUCUGCAGCAAACGCUUCACCCGCUCCGACCACCUCAGCAAGCACCAGAAGACCCACGCGGAGGCCGGAGCCCCCAAACCCCCCCCCGGCCCCGGCCCCGGUCCCGGCCCCGGCCCCGAGCAGCCCCCGGCUUCUCCCCGGCAACCUCCGGCUUCUCCCGGCAAAGAUACCGGUAGCCCGGAGCCCGGGAACCUGCUGGAGAUUUGA